AUGAGUAAACUUCAUCUGCACGUCGACGGACAAACAUUCCGAGACCCCCUGAAUCGAGAAAUCAUCUUGCGUGGAAUAAAUGUGGCAGGUGACGCUAAAUAUCCGAAAACCCCGGACCUCAGAUCGCACAACCUUCAGCAGUUCUUCGACGAAGACGUAUCAUUCGUGGGAAGGCCGUUCUCCCUCGAAGAUGCCGACAUACAUUUCCAACGUCUCCGAAAAUGGGGAUACAACACCAUUCGAUAUAUCUUCACUUGGGAGGCAAUUGAACACGCUGGUCCUAGGAUCUACGACGAGCAUUGGAUCGAAUUCACCAUUGGAAUUCUUCGUAUCGCCAAGCAAUAUAAUUUCUACAUUUUCAUGGAUCCACAUCAAGACGUAUGGUCCAGAUUAUCAGGAGGAUCGGGAGCACCUACAUGGACGCUCUAUGCUGCAGGACUAAAUCCGAAGAGUUUCAAAAAUACACAGGCAGCCCUCGUUCACAACACCUGGGACAAUCCCGCAGAGUUCCCAAAGAUGCUUUGGUGUACGAACUACACUAGGCUGGCCUGCCAGACGAUGUUUACUCUGUUUUGGGCAGGUCGGGAUUUCGCACCGAAAGCGAUCAUUGACGGUGUGAAUAUCCAGGAUUAUUUACAAAGCCAUUUCAUUGCAGCAUGUGAAUACCUGGCGCAGAGAAUCCAAAACGCCGGUGAUCUGGAAGGAGAUGUGGUUAUCGGAUGGGAAAGCAUAAACGAACCCCAUAAAGGCCUGAUCGGAACUCAAGAUAUUUCCUCAAUCCCGUCGGAGCAGCAUCUCCAGCUCGGGACAUCUCCAACUGCAUUUCAGGCUAUGCUCAUUGGCUCCGGACGGCCAUGUGAUAUAAAGGCUUGGUCUUUCGGGAGAUUUGGUCCAUACCAAUCCGGAACUGAGGUUAUAGAUCCUAAGGGCGAACAGGCGUGGCUGUCUGCAGAAUACGACGACAAUCGAUAUGGCUGGCACCGCGAUCCGGGCUGGAAACUCGGUGAAUGUCUCUGGGCGCAACAUGGAGUCUGGGAUUCAUCCAAAAGCAGACCGACCCUUCUACAAAAGGACUACUUUUCAAGAAAUCCACAGACUGGCGAGAUUCUUGACUACGAAGGGUUUACAAACACUUACUUUCUGAACCACUACCGAGCAUACAAGGAUGCUAUUCGCAGCGUGUGUGGAACUACUAUUAUGUUUUGCCAACCACCAGUCAUGGAGUUACCACCGACCCUCAAGGGGACCACGGAUGAUGAUCCGAACAUGGUUCACGCUGCUCACUUCUAUGAUGGUCUGACUCUUUUAACCAAGCAUUGGAAUCGGCUCUACAACUUGGAUAUCAUCGGGUUGCUUCGGGGCAAGUAUCUUGCGCCAGUUUUCGCAAUCAAAAUCGGCGAGAAAUCAAUUCGAAAGAGCCUACGUCGUCAACUCAAGUUUCUGCGCGAUGAAAGUCUACAACAUAUGGGUAAUCAUCCCCUACUCUUCAGCGAGAUCGGGAUUCCAUAUGACAUGGAUGAUAAACAUGCCUAUAAGACUGGAGACUACAGUAGCCAGGUCCGUGCAAUGGAUGCAAACCAUUUUGCAUUAGAAGGUAGCAAGGCCAACGGGUUUGCUUUGUGGGUUUAUGUGGCAGAGAACGAUCAUAAAUGGGGUGAUCAGUGGAAUGGGGAGGAUCUUUCCAUAUACUCACGGAAUGACUUGAAAUCGCCAAUCCCAACUUCAUCUCAUUCAACGAGGUCUGAUUCCACAGUGUGCUCUAAAGAUCAUCUCAUCAACGUUGAAGAGGAGAAACCUAGCUCGCUCAAGAGUUUCAAACCCCCUGUACCUCGGCGGAUUUCUCCAAGGCUACCAUGCAGCCGCAACGGAGCCAAAGGGCAGUGGAAGCAUGUCUUCGGCCUACUCCAAUCUACACGAAUGGGCGAUUAG